AUGCCUGCCCUUCGCCAUCUUGCUCGUCGCUCAGCACGACUUAGAGCCAACACUCAAGAGGCCUCCUCGUCGCAACGACAACCUGAAUCCAAUCGUCAAGAUACAAUCAAGUUCGCUAUCCAGUGGGAAAGGGAUCAUGCUCUCACUACAAUCCUCAUCAAUCAUCUGACUACUCACCCACCUGAUUGUCGCAUCCUGUUCUAUUCUGAUGGUAAGAAAGCAAUGCCUAACAUUGAUGAUGCCCCCUCAGGCAAGGACAAGAAUGAAAUACAUGAUGUUAUUGCCAAGCUCAUCUUUGCGACCCACCCCAAAUACAAGACCGCAUAUCAUCAGGAUCUGAAGAAGUUUCGUGUGUCAGUCGCCAACCGCAUCACAGCUCUCAAAAAUAAAUACAAGAAGUGCAAGGCCAAGUUCAGCGCAACGGGUGCUGGUGUGGUGCCAUUGGACGCGACUACCUUGAACAACUUAUUGGGUGAGUCCUUUAUACUUAUUUCUUGA